AUGGCUCCCCAAGCAUUGAAACUUCCGUCGCCUACUUGCAAGUAUCAGCCGCUCAAUGAUGAGACUGCAACCAACCCAUCUGCAACUGCCAAAGACUCCACCACCAGACAGCCAAGCCGGCUUUCAACAGCACCAAAGCAGAAACUGAGCUGCGGCAGCAGCGUCGCCGAAGCCCAGCAAGCAGGAUGCGCCUUUGACGCUCUCGCCAAAGCCUGGCUGCCCACCGCCUGCCCCCGCUACGGCCUAGCCGAAUUCGAAGCGGCGGCGGGCGCAACGCACAACCAAUCUCGUUGGAGAUACUGGCGGGACCAGGCCGGAGAGGAGGAGCUCAGCAUGGAAGACCUCGCAUCUCUCGGGAGGAGCGAGAAAUGGUGGGGCACGGAGCGGGAACACUUGACGCACUGCGCGUGGAUGCUGGUUCGAAAGGCGCGCGCAUUUGCCGAUGGUGGCAGGGUGGAUAAGCUGACGGCGGACUUUGAUCACUCCAAGCACUGUACCAUGCUUCUGCUGUGGAGGGCGCUGCAGGCUGAGGGGAUUGACGAGAUGGAUACGAGCGGAAACGUUGUGUUUGGAGGAUGCUGA